GGAUGAUAGGAGCGGGGUGGGACGAACAGUAUCAAGUCCCUAGUAGGUUAGUGUCUAUCAAGUGUCUAAUGUAUGUUCACGGUUUAGGAAGGAGAGAGGAAGAGAGGAAGAGUGAAGGCGUAAGGAGUUGGCAGAGAGACAUCAUAUGCUAACUCAAAAGCCCGCGUAUGCCCUGCAUUGUUGAACUUCACAACUAUUCGCCAAUUAACACAUACAUUAAGCGAAUGUACUACUGUUGUACCUUACUAGAACUUCAUUUCCCUAGACCCUUGAUUCGUCUGCUGUACCUCGCAUUACCUCAUAACUCUCAUUCACUCAUUCCUCCCUUCAUUCCCGGCCUACUACUUGAACCCACCCAACCAUGUCGCUCUCCGAGAAGAGCGUCAUCUCAAUCCCGCGUGCUGUCAAAUGUGCGUCAGGGUCGACGAGAACCAGUAACUCUACACUGGUUGGUGUCGAGACGACCAUGCCCAAAUUGAUUUCAGAAAAGGCGGGCCAGACCCAGGCACAGUACCAUGACAGCUUUGACCUAGAGGCCCAGGUCAGCAAAAGGAAGCUGUUCUCUUCGACUCGUUUUCUUCUUCUCGACAUCUACCGUCGUCUGUUCACCUUAGUCUCUUGCGCCAAUGUUGCUGUCUUCAUUGCGGUUAUGACAGCAGAUCGUAAAUUACAGGCGUUGGUGAACGCGACGGCUGCCAAUCUUCUCGCAUGUGGUCUGGCACGCCAACCUCUGGUGGUAAACGCCGUCUUCGUCAUGGUGUGCUCUAUUCCCAGGUCUGCGCCCUUGAGGCUUCGCCGUAUUGCCGCAAAAGUGUAUCACUAUGGAGGUGUUCACAGCGGAUGCGGAGUAGCUUCAUUUAUUUGGUAUACAGGCUUUGUGGGCUUGAUGUCAAAGAAUUACAGGUCUCCAUCGCCUACAAUCUCAGUAGUCCCAGUUGCCUUGGCCUACAUUGUUUUAGUCUUACUACUCGCAAUUAUUGUUGUUGCCUAUCCUGGGUUUCGGUUCAAGAAGCAUGACUACUUUGAGCUCACACAUCGUUUCUUUGGAUGGCUGGUGGUGGCUCUCUUUGUAGCUCUCCUUUUGGUUUUCGCCGAUGAAGCUAGCUAUGCCGCCGACCAAUCAUUAGGUCGCUUUCUUAUUGAACUUCCUGCAUUCUGGUUCUUGAUGGUCACUGUCGUUGCCAUCGUCCACCCAUGGCUAUUCUUACGGAAGGUCCCAGUUGAACCCGAGCACCUCUCACAUCAUGCAGUGAGACUUCACUUCAGCCACACAACCACCACGUUUGGCAAAGGUAUCCAGUUGGCAAGUCAUCCCCUUCAGGACUGGCAUGGUUUUGCAACCUUCCCAGACCCUAAUGGGAAAACGUUUUCAAGCCUAGUUUCGAAAGCCGGGGACUGGACCGCAGCUUGUAUUAAGAACCAACCAACCUACCUCUGGAAGCGAGGUAUCCUCAUCUACGGUUUCGCCUAUGCAAUGAAGGUUUUCAAGAGGGUAAUUGUGGUCACGACCGGAUCUGGGAUCGGGCCGUGCCUUUCAUUCCUGGGUGAUGACAACCGCCCCAGUCUUCGAGUUGUAUGGCAAACUCGCGCUCCCUUGAGGACAUAUGGCAAAAGAGUCCUCGACUUGGUCUCUAAAAUGGAUGGAAAUCCAUACAUCAUCGACACCAAUUCGUCCGGUCGUGUCGAUAUGGUGCCGAUCAUCCGACAGCUUUACACUGAAUUCAACGCCGAAGCUGUAUGCGUGAUCAGCAACCCAGUCGUGACAAAGAGCGUUGUAUAUGAGCUCGAGUCAAGAGGUAUCCCUGCAUUUGGCCCUAUAUUUGAUUCGUGAUUUGGUUUGAUUAA